AUGUCUACCCUCCUGCCUCUAUUAUUACUUACUACCGGGUUGGUAGUCUCACCAGCCCUUGCCCAAUCACUCUCCUUGACGUCUAACUCUGGCGUAUGCGAAACGACAGAUGGCGUUUCCCAAGUGUCAGGAUACAUAAACAUAUCCGACGACAGCGACGACGCGUUUUGGUUCUGGUUUUUUGAGGCUCGAGACGAUCCGGACACCAAACCUUUGACUCUAUGGCUGAACGGCGGCCCAGGGUGUUCGGCUAUGAUUGGGCUUUUCCAAGAAAAUGGACCGUGCACAGUCAACGAUAGCGCAGAGACCGUUUAUAAUCCCUACAGCUGGAAUAACUUCAGCAACAGAGAGUUUUUGAUCUACAUCGAUCAACCUUUUGGCGCGGGUUUUUCCAGAGGAUCGACCUUGGUUAAUUCGACAGAUCAAGCGGCUGACUUCAUGUGGCAAGCAUUCCAGAUCCUAUUUGCUCACGAAAAAUUCAGCAAGUUCGAAGGCAGAGAAUUUAUCAUUGCAACAGAGUCCUAUGGCGCUCGCUUUGGUCCUGUCUUUACACAGUACUUCCAUUCACAAAAUGCCAAAAUUGAUAGCGGCGAGAUCAAUGGAACUCAAAUAGAAGUCUCAAAAUUGCUCAUCAAUGACGGUAAAUACGAUCCUUUAAUCCAGAUGCGGGCUUCAGUCGAAUAUGCAAGAAAUGCUCCGUCCUAUGGACCGCUCGUCAAUACUUCUGUCUUAAUGGAAGUGGCAACGGCCUACAAUGAAACUUGUCUACCUGCUCUACAAAACUGCUAUGAUGAUGGCGAUGCCGACACUUGUCACGAUGCUAUUGUUUCCUGCACUCAUGACGUGUUCAACCCCACGGUUGGAGACAGAGACCCUAACGAUUUGCGACAGAAUUCCUCGACCCCCGCGGACGAUGUUGUCCCUCCAACGUUCUACCUCGAUUAUCUCGACGACCAAGACGUACUCGAUCUGAUCGGCGCUCAAGGGUCGUACGAUCAAUGCGAUGACAGUGUCAAGUCCCGCUUUUCCCGCAGUGGAGAAACAGGUCGUUCUUUUCUAUCUAAUCUGGCGGAAAUUGCAAGCGAGGGAAAAGUCAAGCUCUUGAUCUGGGGCGGAGAUGCAGAUAUGAAAGCCAACUGGCUGGGUAUUCAAGAGUGCAUUGCCUCGAUGGAUUGGCCGGGUCGUUCCGUAUUCAAUGAGACAUCUCUAUCGGCAUUGACUAUCAACGGAGAGAUUGUUGGUCAAUAUAAAACUGUUGUCGACACGAAUCUGACAUUCAUCCGAGUCUUUGAAGCUGGGCAUUCCAUGCCAGCAUAUCAACCUGAAGUUGCACAAACUGUCUUCGCCAGAUUUUUAAAGGGAGAUGUCAACUCUGACGACUAG